GCGCGCGUUUUGUUGCACAUGCACAGUGUGACCGUAUGUGGUAGGCAAAAAUACUCUCCCUUGGAAGAGUGUCCCUAACGGCUGGUUUAAAUCAGAACCCGUUACAAAAUAUUUCUACAAAACCAUGAUUUAAACGUCCAGUUAAAGCUUAAGUGGUGAGCAGUCCUAUAAUUCACUGUGUAUCUGAGAAUCUUAGAGCUAACAUGUUCGAAAUAUUCCGGACUCCCUAUGUCGACUCCAAGCAGCUGCCGUUGGCCACCGGACCCGUCCCCAUUUUGAUCAUUAUCACGGGCUACUUGCUAGUGAUCUUCAAGGGCGGCAGGAAGUUCAUGAAGCACCGGGAAGCGUAUAAGCUAAAUGGUGUUCUGAAGUGCUACAAUAUGAUUCAGAUACUCUACAAUAUAGCGAUGCUCUUGCCAGGAUUCUAUUUCCUGUUCGUGUUCCGGCCAUACAAUUUCAAGUGUAUGAAAGUUUUGCCGCAGGAUCACCCCCUGAAGAACUGGGAACGCACCAUUGCUUACGCUUACUACAUCAACAAGAUCGUGGACCUGCUGGACACCUUUUUCAUUGUGCUCCGCAAGAAGUAUCGUCAGAUAACCUAUCUGCAUGUGUUCCACCACGUCCUGAUGCCGUCUGCAGGAUACUUAAUCAUUCGUUUCCAUGGCUAUGGAGGACACUUGUUUUUGCUUUGUUUCUUAAACGUCAUCGUGCACGUGGUCAUGUACUGCUACUAUUACUCGGCCAUCGCGGGCAGUGCUGUGCCCUGGAAGCGGUAUCUCACACUGCUCCAGAUGUUGCAGUUCAUCCUCAUGUUCGCCCAUUGCGCCUAUACUGCCGCCCAGCCCGAGUGCCAGACAUCACAGGGAAUGACCUUUUUGUACAGCUGCUCCUCCGCGAUCAUGUUAAUCAUGUUUACCAACUUUUAUGUCCAGUGUUAUAUGCGGAAUUCUAAGCAAAAGGAGAAUUGAGCCUGUGUUUGUACAUUUUUCACUGAUUUUGUUACAUUAACUUUUAUUGAUUUAAUUAAGAUGUUAUAUUGGCAUAAUA